UUUUUGAGGGUUUUUGGGAGAAGAUUUUAGGCAUUUUUAGAAAUUAGUUCAGAAAAUGCCUGAGCCUCAGAGACAGCUGGUAAAUCAGCGGAACAGUAUGAGAAAGUCCAAGAGAGAACUAUUUCCUGCUCAACAGUCCAAGAUUACGAGGAAAGUUCGUAUUAUUUGUUACGAUCCCGACGCCACUGAUGACUCAUCUUCGAGCGAAGAUGAAGGAGGAAGAAAAAGAAGCUUUGCUAAAAACCCAAGACGCUUUGUUCGUGAAAUUACUUUCUGUCAACCCAAUGUUGCGCUCCCGCCGCCGAAGGCAGCCGCUGAGCCGGAGAGCUCAGGUCAAGACAGCAACUACGGUGGAGUUAAAACCCUGAAACCCAGCAACAAGAAGGUGAAAUUCACUAAAUCCCAUCGGCAGUCCUCUUCUCCUUACAGAGGAGUGAGACAGCGCAAAUGGGGGAAAUGGGCAGCUGAGAUUCGCGACCCUUUCAAGGGGGCUCGUAUCUGGCUUGGUACUUUCAACACUGCAGAGGACGCUUCCAAGGCCUAUGAGGCGAAGCGGCUUGAAAUUGAAGAAAUGGUGGCAGCUGCUCCGGCCGCCGUUUCAGCCUCUGAUAAAAGCAACAACACCUCGGCCUCAGCUGUCGUUUCCAACAACUGUUCCUACAACAACGCUGAACCGUCUGAGGAUUCCGACUGUGUCCUGUCUCAGAGGUCUCCUUCGUCAGUGCUUGAUUUGGAGACAUCUGCUUCUAAUAACAUUCAGAAUGGUGCUGAUUUGGAGAAGGAGAUUGCCGAUGAUUCGACAAAUCUUGGAGAGCUGCAAAUACCCGAUUUGGGUUUUCUUGAUGAUUCAUUGGGCCCUCUUCAUUUUGAUCAAGACAUAAACUUGGGACCGGAGCUCGAUUCUCUUUACUUAGAGGAUUUCGGGCAGUACUUCGACGAUUACAGCAGCAUUGAGGAUAUUCAGAUUCCCGGAUUUGAAAGCGAUGAGCCGAGCAGUCUUCCCGACUGUGACUUUGAGGAUCUUGGCAAGGAUGACAUUGCUUGCUGGUUGGAUGAACCCCUCAACAUUAGUAUGCCAAUAAGUUUUUGCAGCUAGGAGAGUAUCUUAAGAGUUUAAUCUCCGUUAGUAUCGGUAAUUAUUAGUUAUGGUUUUGCAGCAAUUAGGUGAAACAUCAAGAACUCUUAACCAACACAUUGGGGGCUCUUGACUGAGAGUUUAAUUUAUUUGUUUGUUUAAAGAGAGAUUAAGACGGUGAUUAGCGGCUUAAGCAUGGUAAUGUUCAGUUUGAAUCCUUGAGUUUUCUCGUGCUAUCAGAGCCGUCCAAAGGGUUUUCGAUCUCAUUCGUUGUCGCAGAAGGGUUUAAUGUUAUAUCUCUCUGUUUUCUCUGUGAUGUGGUACUGGACUAUGAAGUUUCUGCAAUGAAUUUUGCUUUACCUA